AUGAAUACAUGUCCCGAAACAUUAGGUUUGAUUGCCAACAGGCUUCCUCAAAAGAAACGUACCAGGUUUCUACUUUCCGAACAAUACUCUCCGGGGAAACCUUACCUUCCACGAACUCUAUCUGACGGCGUCGGCGGCGGUCCACGGCGGAGGCAAGAAGAAAACAAAGAAAAACAGCGAGCGGAGGCGAGUUGCCCCCCAUCUCCCACUCCGUCCGACCAGUUUCGUACCGGAAUCCGGACGACCCCCCCGUGCCCGGUUCGAAUUUUCGCGACAGCCCAUUUCCCUUUUAUUCUUCUGUACGACCUUUCGAUUUUCCCGCCAAUGGGGCGCGGGAUCUUGAAGCAGAGGAAGCGGCUCGACUGGCAGUCGGCCGUCCCGCGGUUGAUUCCCGGCGCCGAGUGCUGUUCCAGCGCCGUCUUCGCGUACCUGGACGCGCUCCGUUCGGAGAGGAGGGCCUCGGACGCGAUUCUUCUGCGCGUCCGCCAACACCUGCUGUACUCCGGCUGGAAGAUCGAUUUCGUGCUCGACGGCGCGGUCGUCAGGCUGCGCUAUUCCUCCCCCGACGGCGGAUAUUUCUAUUCUCUUCCCAAAGUCUGUACCAUCUUAUCCCAAGGCUUCCGGCCGGUCUCCAAACGGCCAUCUGAGAAACCGAUUUCAAUCCUCCUCUCGGUAGAGUCCGGAGUUUCUUGCCCUAAAUCGACCGAGUUAUUCAAUCCAGUUAACGAGGUUAUUAUCCAGCCGGAAUACUGCCCAGAGGCCGUUAGGGAUUACUGCACGCAAGCAGGCAAAAGGGGGUGCAAGCCCGGAGCCAUGAAGGCAAAGCAGCACUUAUCUGCUAUCGGUUGGUCUUUCUAUUACACUCUCAAAGAAGGUUUCACGAGGGAAUUACGGUACAGCUCGCCCAACGGUAGAGUGUUCAAUUCUCUCCUCACGGCCUGUAAAUGGAGCUUGGGGGCUAAUGCCCUAACAUUUAGCGACGUAAUAGGCAAAAUAGGGAAGGCCAGGAAGAAUCUGUCGAGCGUAUCGUCUGAAUCUGGUAACGUGAGGAGAUUUUCCAAGAAAGGAAAGAAGAGAAAAUCGUACUCGAAAAGUAAAACGGUUCGUGAUAUCAUGGUCCAAUCUUCUUGUCAUUAUAAUCCUCGAACUGUAUUGUCUUGGUUGAUUGAUAGUGAUGUGGUUUUGCCGAGGGCCCGAGUCGAGUAUCGUGGCAAGAAUGGUUUGCCAAUGGCUGAGGGGCGAAUUGGCCGUGAUGGGAUUAAAUGCAGCUGUUGUGGGCUAAUAUUUACUCUCAGUAAGUUUGAGUUACAUGCCGGAAGCUCGAACUGCAGGCCUUUGGCGAAUAUAUUCUUGGAGGACGGGAGGUCGUUGAUGGAGUGCCAGCUGGAACUGAAACAUCGUAUGGAAAUGAGGAGAACGAAUGGCGUCGCGACAAGUGGCGAGACGAAUGACGAUGUGUGCUCCAUCUGCGGCUAUGGAGGCAGAUUAGUACUGUGCGACAAGUGUCCGUUGUCUUUUCAUACUGAGUGCCUUGGUCUAAAGGAGGUUCCAGAUGGCGAUUGGUUCUGCCCGUCUUGCUGUUGUCAGAUUUGUGGAUUUGGCAGUUUCGAAGGGGAAAAUGGACAAAUCAUAGACUGUUCUGUUCUCACGUGUUCUCAGUGCGAAUGCCGGUAUCAUGAAGAGUGCCUCAGAAAUAAAGGAACCACAAGCUGUUAUUCGGGAGUAAGUUGGUUCUGUGAAGAUACAUGUGAACAGAUAUUUUGUGGUCUGCGCGAUAUUCUGGGAAAACCGGUUUCGGUGGGGACUGACGAUAUGAUUUGGACCUUAUUGAAAUACAUUAAGUCUGAUCCAAACGAUCAAUAUGCAUAUGGUGAAGAAGAUUUAUUAGAGGUUUAUGGAAAGCUUAAUGUUGCUCUUGGCCUAAUGCAUGAAUGUUUCGAGCCUCUCAAAGAGCCCGGCACUGGGAGAGAUCUUGUCGAAGAAGUUAUUUUCAGCAAAGGGUCAGAACCAAACCGUAAUAACUUUCGAGGGUUUUAUACAGUAGUACUGGAGAAGAAUGACGAGUUGAUUUCAGUAGCUACUGUGAGAGUACAUGGCAAGAGAGUGGCAGAAGUUCCUUUGGUAGCAACACGGUUUUGUUAUCGUCGACUUGGAAUGUGCCGGAUUUUGAUGAAUGAACUCGAAAAGAAACUCGUGCAAUUAGGAGUGGAGAGGCUCGUUUUGCCAGCUGUUCCGAGUAUACUAAGCACUUGGACUAAUUCUUUUGGGUUUUUCGUGAUGAACGAGACUGAUAGAUUAAAGUUACUCGGCUACACCUUCUUACAUUUUCAGGGAACUGUAAUUUGCCAGAAAAUCCUAACGGUCAGUCCUUCAACUGUAUCAAGCCAGUCAACAGGAAAAGAUGUACAUAGCUGUUACUACGUGAAUGGAAAUGUCAACUUCGAGUUAGAUGGAAACUCUGCAGCGUCUGAAAUUCUUCAAGGAGAACAACAAAUGGAGAAAAAUGACUUGUGGAUAGACGAGCUCCUCAUGAGUGCUUGAUGCUCGUGGCCAUUUUUUUUACUGCGGUGGAACUGUAAGAAACAAUGAUGUCAAGCCAGUCGAAGAAAUAACAAGGGUAAUAUCGUCACAUUCGACACGCGAAGGCUUUAGCUGUGGCUGUAUAUUGCUUUUGGGAGCCACUGUUUCUAUUUCUG